AUGACGUUCCUAGGUCGCAUCACCUUCUCGAUGCCGAGCAGGAAGAGUUUUAUUGUCCAGGUGCCACCCAGAUUCAUUCAGAGGCUACCAACAACUGCGAGAACAACUACGUUGGAGGUAACAUCUAUCGAGAAAUCCUCGUCCAACGUGUCAACGAUUACGCCGAGUGACGUUACUUUCGAGGAUUCCACGGCGUUACCCGAGGAUGGCUUCGCGGCGUAUUCCACCGCCCUGAGCGUGACAAUCGCGAUCGGCUGCAGUCUGCUGAUCUUAAACGUACUCAUUUUCGCCGGGGUGUAUUAUCAACGCGACAAGAGCAACCACCAGCACCACGGCUGCUCGAAGAAGCGCCAGGAGAACGGCCAAAUGCCGAACAACAUUUGCGGCGAGCUGGAGACCAAGACCGCCGAGCGACAUCACAUCCAGCACAUACCGCCGCCGGAGUUCGCUGACCUCCAGAACAAUACCUGUCACGUGCCUAUGCCGCCCCCGCCACCGAAGAAUACGAAGCCCGGUAAGCCUGGUCAGAACCUCAUCAUCAGUCCCAACCAGCUGCAGCAGGAGAGCUUGGCCAUGACCGGCACUGGGACCUUGAAGAAGGGACACAAUCACCCUCAGGUCAUGGAGGAGUUAAGGGUCUGA